AUGUUGAAGUUACCUACCUAUGUAGACGUACUGGAGAGGGCUGUUAUAGCUGAGGGAAACCUUGCUGCUCAGAAUCGGAUCACCGAGUGGAAAAGAAAAAGGCUGAAUAAUCAAUGGUCAAAGGGGCCAAGUAUUCCACCAAACAAGAAACGAAAUUUAGGGACUUCCAAUACUUCUGCCCCUAGUCAAGGUACGAUUCCUGCUUGUUCGGAAUGUGGAAAGAGGCAUCGUGGGACAUGCCAAUGGAAGUCUGGAGCCUGUUAUCAGUGUGGCAAAACGGGUCAUUUGAUAAAGGAUUGCCCUCAGAGGAAUCAACGAAAUGGCGAUAAGGCUGCUACCAGUUCAACGGGGUCUGCACCAACUGCCAACACCAAGUCAGCUGCUAAAUCUACUAACAAUAAAGACACAGCGAGACAAGGCAGAGUGUUUGCAUUGGUUCCAGGAGAUGUGCAGAAUGCAGCAACAGUGGUGUCAGGUACAUUUAUGGUUCACGGUCAUUCUGCUUCUGUCUUAUUUGACUCUGGCUCUACUCAUUCCUUCGUGUCAAAAUUAUUUGCACAAAACUUAGAUAAAACCGAAGAAACAUUGUCUUAUAUGUUAUGUGUAUCUUCACCUAUGGGAGAUUCUGUGCUGUGUACUUCUGUUUAUUGUGGUUGUGAACUCGAGCUUGGGGAUGUCCGGGUGAAUGGAAAUAUCGACAUGAUCCCAAUUGUGUGUGAAUUUCCGGAUGUCUUUCUUGAAGAAUUGCCAGGGCAGUUGAUAGACCGUGAAAUUGAGUUUACCAUUGAAGUAGCACCGGGAACCCAACCCAUUUCGAAGACUCCGUAUAGAAUGUCGCCAGUUGAGAUGAAGGAAUUGAAAAUGCAGUUGCAAGAUUUAUUGGACAAGGGAUUCAUCCAUUUGAGUGUGUCUCCGUGGGGUGCACCAGUACUAGGUAGCAUUCUGGGGCAUAUCAUCACAAAAGAAGGAGUUUCCGUUGACCCACACAAGAUUGAGGCAAUCAUAAAUUGGCCAACUCCUACUAAUGUGACUGAGGUGCGUAGUUUUAUGGGGUUAGCUGGCUAUUACCGGAGAUUUGUUCAAGAUUUUUCUAAAAUUGCUGUGCCACUUACACAACUGACUCGAAAGGGAGUUGCAGUCAAAUGGUCAGAAGAGCGAGAAUCUGCUUUUCAGGAAUUGAAGACAGGGUUGACAACAGCACCAGUUUUGGCCUUACCAACCGGUACAGAGGGAUUUGUAAUCUACAGUGAUGCUUCGCACAAAGGGCUUGGUUGUGUACUGAUGCAAAAUGGAAGAGUCAUCGCUUAUGCCUCUCGGCAGUUGAAACCCCACGAGAAGAACUAUCCCACGCAUGAUCUUGAGCUGGCAGCAGUAGUUUUUGCUUUGAAAAUAUGGAGACACUAUUUGUAUGGCACCACUUACGAAGUAUAUACUGACCACAAGAGUCUCAAGUACCUUUUUACUCAAAAAGAGUUGAACAUGCGACAGCGACGGUGGUUGGAACUUCUUAAAGAUUAUGAUUUGCAGAUUCAUUAUCAUCUUGGUAAAGCCAACACAAUUGCAGAUGCACUCAGUCGGAAAAGUAUGGGGACUUUGGCAAGUUUAGUUACCGGGCAAAAGGAAUUAGCAAUUGAAUUGGAUAACAUGGAAGUAGACUUGGUGCUACAUGGACAGGAAGCUUUAAUGGCAGCAGUGAUGGCCCAACCAACCCUACUUGAGGAAAUUAAAUUGCAUCAGAUAAAAGAUGAAGCUCUAAAGAAGAUAUGUGAUGAGUUAGGAACAAAAUCAAAAUCGGGAUUCAGUUUGGGAUUCAGUUUGGUAGACUCAAUGCUCAAAUUUCAAAACCGAAUAUGUGUCCCCAAUGUGUUAAACCUUAAGCAAAAGUUGAUGGAAGACGCACAUACCUCAAGUAAAGACUCAGUAUACGCGGACAAAUUGGCGGCAAUUUAUGUGAAUGAAAUUGUGAGACUUCGUGGUGUUCCAGUCUCAAUUGUGUCAGAUAGGGAUCCGAAGUUUGUUUCUAGAUUCUGA